AUGUCUUCAGCUGGUAUAAUUGCAAUUAGGCCGGCAUGUGAGGAUUCUAUGAUUUUUUCACAACCCCCUUUGGCUGCGGACUGUCAAGAGUCAAUUUUGAUAUAUGUGGCUAUGUCGGGGUCUAAGGUUCCAAUGCAGGUCCUGGAGUCGGACUCCAUUGAGUCUGUAAAGCUCAGGAUCCAGACCUGUAAAGGGUUUGUAGUCAAGAACCAAAAAUUGGUAUGCAAGGGGAGGGAACUGGCGAGAAGCAAUUCGCUGGUUCGCGACUAUGGGGUUAUAGGUGGAAAUGUUUUGCAUUUGGUCCUGCGACUCUCUGAUCUUCAGGUUAUUAAUGUGAGGACUUGUUGUGGGAAAGAGUUCACCUUUCAUGUUGAGAGGAGUCAGGAUGUUGGUUACAUCAAGCAUCAGAUAUCAAAGAAUAGAAAUUUGGAGUCUGUUGAUGAUCAGGAGGUUUUCUGUAAUGGUGAGCCAGUUGAGGAUCAUAGGUUGAUUAAUGAUAUCUGUAAGGAUAACAAUGAUGCUGUGAUCCAUUUAUUUGUGCGGAAGUCAGCGAAAAUUAGGGCUAGACCUGUGGAGAAGAACUUCGAGUUGUCUAUCUCUGCCCCACAGAAGAAUGACGUGAGGGAGUAUGAUGUGGAUAUGGAAAAUAGGCAUGGGCACCAAACAGAAACUGAACAUAAUCUCUAUAUGCCAAGGAAGUCUCCAGGUAUAGAUAUAUUAUUGGAGCCUGUGAUUGUUAACCCCAAAAUUCAAUUGGCUCGAGAGAUUAGGGAUUGGAUUGACUCAACACGAGAUGGAUUAUAUAGCAGGAAUUAUCCAAUUAGGUCUUUGGAGGGCACUGGGGGUACAUAUUUUAUGCUGGAUGCGUCUGGGAAUAAGUAUUUAUCUAUGUUUAAGCCAAUUGAUGAGGAACCUAUGGCCGUGAAUAACCCCAGAGGGCUUCCUCUGUCUGAGGACGGCGAAGGGUUGAAGAAGGGGACAAGAGUUGGAGAGGGUGCAAUCAGGGAAUAUGCUGUCUACUUGUUGGAUCAUCCAAAGAGUGGUCGCCGCUCUUUUUCUGGUGAGCUUAGAGGCUUUGCAGGUGUUCCUCCUACAGUUCUUGUUUCGUGCCUGCACAAGGGAUUUAAUCAUCCCAAAGGCGUGAUUGCCAAGAUUGGGUCCUUGCAAAUGUUCAUGGAGAACAAUGGAAGUUGUGAGGACAUGGGUCCUGGUGCCUUUCCAGUUGAGGAGGUGCACAAGAUUGCCGUGUUGGAUAUGAGAGUUGCAAAUGCAGAUAGGCAUGCUGGGAAUAUAUUGGUGACCAUAGGCCAAGAUGGCCAAACUGUGCUAAUCCCAAUUGAUCAUGGCUACUGUUUGCCUGAUAGUUUCGAGGAUUGCACAUUUGACUGGCUCUACUGGCCACAGGCCUGCCAACCUUUCAGCACCAACACCCUCGAGUAUAUAAAGUCUUUGGAUGCCGAGGAAGACAUUGCCUUGCUCAAGUUCUAUGGAUGGGACUUGCCUCUUGAGUGUGCUCGGAUACUUCGUGUUUCGACCAUGCUUUUGAAGAAAGGUGCUGAGAAGGGUCUCACCCCAUUUGCCAUAGGCAACAUUAUGUGCAGAAAAACCGUGAAGAAGGAAUCCAUGAUGGAGGAGAUAGUUCAAGAAGCUUUGGAUUCCGUGCUCCCCUGCUCGAGUGAAGCUGCACUCCUUGAAUCCAUCUCUUGCAUAAUGGAUCGUCGUCUUGAGGAUAUCAUUUAA